AUGGAGGCUGGUGGGGGGGACGCUGCUCAGCCGGAGACGGGGAAGGAGGGUGGUCAGGCUUCGCGGGGUGUCGGGACUGCACCGAAGUCUCGCUCCUGGGCGGAGGUUGCGAAGGGAGUCCCUCGGCAGUCGGCGUGGACGAGUCACCGGAUGCCCCCUCGGGUUUUGGAAAUGCUGCGGAGUACGUCGGCCGAGGUGGUGGACGUUCCUGAGGAAGAGCUGGAGGGGAGUCGAGCGGAAUGGCAAAGCACGACCGUCAUUGUGAGGAGCUUGGGGAGGCCUGUUCCGAUUGACUGGGUGGCCAGGGAGUUCAAACGGGUAGGUCGUUUGGACUAUAACGUGGAGUGUUUCUCGUUGAUGGAUGGCUUCAUCGCCGUCCGGUUCGCCAAGGAGGAGGAUCGUGAGGCCGCUCUGAAGAACGGUCCAUGGUCGGUGGCAGGCCAACUUCUGGCAAUGGAGCGUUGGCGACCCAAUUUUGUGCCCGGCGUUGGGGGUAUUGAUCGGGUGGUCGUCUGGUUGCGUCUACCACGACUGCCCCUGGAUUAUUGGAGAAGGGAGACCAUACUUAGGAUAGCGGCCAGCGCCGGAAAUCCCUUGGCCGUGGACGGCUUCACGGAGCAGGGGGGACGGUAUGGCUUUGCUAGGGUGAAGGUGGAGCUAAAUGUUUCGAAUCCUCUCAAGCCGGGUAUCCUGGUUAGGGGGAAAUAUGGGGGUGCCGAGGAGACCUUUUGGCAGGGGUUUAUCUAUGAGAACCUCCCUGCUCCUUGCUCGAGGUGUGGGCGGAUUGGGCACUCGUCGUCGGAGUGCGGUUAUCCGUCCUCGGUGGGGUGGCGAGGCGGAACCGGCAGUGGACCGAGGGAAGGAGAAGGAAGGUAUCGGGGCGGAUCUCCCGGAGGUUGA